AUGGCGUCUUACUUCUCAUCCAUAACGUCGAUAUCUAAUCUCAGCACCCGCUUCACCUCUCUACGCCGUGCCAUAUCCUCUGACGAAACCGACGACCCUGAAAACGAGGAUCUCUCACACAUCUCCAACGUCCUACGAGCAUACUACACCGAGAAGGGCCGUGGAUUGCCUCCCUGGUUACCCCCAGACAAGAAGUCAGCAGCCACUACUCCAGUCAUUGCGACGACCCAGGCGUCCUUUCAGGGCUAUGGAGGUACACCGUCCCAGCCUGGGGGUCGUGGAGGUGGUUUAGGAGACCUAUGGGACGAUUCGGGACGAUCGCAACAACCACAACAAGCUACAGGAAGUCUUCGUGCUGGUCGAAGCCAGAAUAACAUGAUAGGCCACCAAAAUUCGAUACCAGCGUGUCUGAAACCCUCUCCGAACAGCUUACCACACCGUCCGGCCACCGCUGGCUUGAGGUCCCAGGGCGGGGCUUAUGACCGCACGCCUUCACCAAGUGCUGGAGGUCGUUCUCAAUCCACAGGCGGCGCAAGGCCUCUUCCUAGUCAACGCGCUGGGUCAUAUCAAACUUCUUCCGGUGCGCAACUAUCACGUCCAGAGGGGAUGGAUCGAACAUUAUCUGGCGCUUCAGCACAGGACAGACUUCGUGCCCGGCUGCAUGGGGGAGGCAGUAAGCCUCCUUCCUUUGGGUCUAACAAUUCGUUUGAUUCUGGCUCAGGUGACGGAGGAGGGUAUUCUAGAUCUCCGGCACCAGGCCAGCGUGGUGGCUAUCGAUAG